AUGGACACCUCAAACUUUGCCCAUGUGAUUUUCCAGAAUGUGGGCAAGAGUUAUCUGCCCCACGCAGCACUAGAGUGUCAUUAUACUCUCACCCAGUUCAUCAAGCCACACCCCAAGGACUGGGUCGGCAUCUUCAAGGUCGGCUGGAGCACCGCGAGGGACUAUUACACAUUCUUGUGGUCGCCGCUGCCGGAGAACUAUGUGGAAGGCACCGCAGUUAACAGAACCGUGGUCUUCCAGGGAUAUUAUGUGCCCAACGACGACGGCGAGUUUUACCAGUUCUGUUACGUGACGCACAAAGGUGAGAUCCGGGGGGCCAGCACUCCGUUCCUGUUCCGUGCCAGCAGCCCCACGGAGGAGGAGCUGCUCACGGUAGAGGAUGAAUGUAAUUCGGACAUCCUGGUCGUCACCACAAAGGCCGGCUUCCUGGAGCAAAAGAUGGAGGAGGUGCAGAGAGAAAAGGAGGAGCUGGUGAAAAACAUGAGCUUGCUGCAGAACCAGAGGGAGCAGCUGGAGGUGGAGAAGGAGGCGCUGCUCAAAGAGUGUGAGCUGGAGAAAGAGCGCCACGCACAACUCAAGCGGGAGAACCAGGACAUCCAGAACUCUUCACAGGCGCUGCAUGAAGAGAAAGAGGAAAUGAAGACGAGACUCACAGAGGCCACUUCCAGAGUCAUCCAGCUGGAGGAAGAUCUGAUUGGUGUCACACAAAAAGGACUGCAGAAGGAAACAGAACUGGACAGUCUCAGAGACAGAGUCAAGAAGCUCACAUCUGGACUGGAUGCUCUGGAGUCACAUCUCAAGAAUGAAAGGGAUGAAAAGGAACUCUACAAGAUUCACCUAAAGAAUCGCGAGUUGGAGAACACCAAGCUGAGUGCAGAGCUGCAGAUGUUGAAGUCUGUGGAUGUGAACAAGGAAAACACCAUCGCUCAGUUCAAAGAGGAAGUGGGGCGGCUUCAGGCGUGUCUUGCUGACAAGGAGAAGCAGCACAGGGAGGUCCUGGCCAAAGUACAGCCACUGAGUGACGUGAAAGCAUUGAAGGAGCAGCUGCGGCAGAAAGAAGACCAGCUUUUGGCCAAUCAGCAGCAGUCCACUCUGCUGGCAGCCGAGUUGAGAGAUGCCUCAAGUGCCCGUGACCGCACCAUGUCUGAACUGUACCACUUAAAGGUGGAGGUGGACACUCUCCGUCAGGCCAAGACCGAGGUCCAGGCCAAAUGUGUCUGUCUGGAGCGUCUGGUGGAGCAGCUCAAAGUGGAGAUCAAGGCGUCCAAAGCAGACGAGGACACCGCGGAUCCAGCCAUUUUGGCCGAGCUGCAGAGAGAAGUGGAGGAUCUGAAGCUUCGCCUGCACAUGGCCGCCGAGCACUACAAAGAGAAAUACAAGGAGUGCCAAAGACUGCAGAAACAAGUGCUCCGGCUUUCAGACCAGCAAGGGGAGCCAAAGAAAAUCUCAGCACAAGAAGCAGCAGCAAUUCUUCCCACAGUGAGCCCAGACUCUUCUGUCCCAGGCAGCCCUGGUUCAGCUGACCCCAUGCUGGAGGCAAUCAUCCAAGAGAAACUGAAGGGGAUCAGCAGAGAGGCGUCUGAUCGCAAUGACAAGUAUAGGAAAUGCAAGCAAAUGUUGAUGGAGGAGAAAGAGCGCAGCUGCAUGUACGCUGACGAGCUGACGAAGAUGGAGGUUAAGUUAAAGGAACAAGUCAAGAUCAAUGAAAACAUGAAGUUCCAUUUGGCCGCGGAGGAGGACCGAUACAAGAGUCAAGUUGCAGAGAAAGGGCGCGAGCUGAAGGAACUCAAAGAUACACUCGCCCUUGUUGUGAGAGCGAAGGAAAAACCGGAGGGGGAUAAAAGCAGCAGCUCCAAAAGGCCGGAUCAGGUGGCUGGAGACAAGUGUAACGUGGAGAACGUGCAGUCCGGAAUGCCUUUGUUCCUGCAGUUCCCCGUUCCUUAUGUCCAGGACGCACCCACGCCUCUGCUGGUGUCACAGAGCCCCAGCAAGCUGCAGUUUGGGAACCCCUACUCCAUCUCAGACCCUAAUAAAGAUGAAGCAGAUGAGUCGUUCACCGAUGACCAGCUCCUCAGACUGCCCCCGAUGGGACCUCCCUCCUGGGACAGUAACGUGGUCUGCAUCCAGCCAACCCGCAACCCCAGCCGUCCGGAGGGCCCCGACGAGCCAGCGGAAAAGCAGAGCAACAACAACAACGCUAAUACCCACGAAGCACCGGCAGCGACAGAGGCACCCAGCCCGUUCUCAAACGACGGGCAAACCACGUUCUGCUUUGAGUCCAGCGUUGGCAUGAAGCGCUGCCCACUCUGCGAGGUCAUCUUUCCGCCCAACUACGACCAGAGCAAGUUUGAGGAACACGUGGAGAGCCACUGGAAAAUCUGCCCCAUGUGCAGCGAGCAGUUCCCCCUGGACUGUGACCAGAAGGUGUUCGAGAACCACGUGCUCACCCACUUCGAUAGCCAUCCGCUUAACUUUGACUAG